AUGCCGGCUGGAGCGCUGAAGGCUGCUCUGGAUUCCAGUUUCUUAGUCGCCAGGCGCCGAGCUGAGAUCCAGUGUGGGCAGCCGACUCCUGAGCUGUCGACUGUGCCGUUCGCGAGCCCCUUUGACGUGAGCGAUGCAGAUCCUGUCCAGGACUUCUCGGCAUGGCUGCAGCGACUGGGUGGAGCAGUGAAGCAGACCAUCCUGGACUGGGUGCACUUCCCGCUGCCAAGCGGCCUCGACAAGGUCUUCGGCCACAAUCACGCUGGAGCCGAAGAUGAGGGAGAGGCGGCUCGGCUCGGUGCGGGGCCACACCCACCAGGGAUGUCGGGGCCAUUUCCGCCUCGCCCGUCCGGAAUCCAUGCGUGGCACCCGACUGCCAGGAACGCUCUUUACAGCGAGGUCAACAACCCGAAUCAACCCGAACCCCCGCCGAACUGGCCCAGGGGGGUCACCUGGCCUGCACGUGCCGUUGUCGAUAGGAAUGGCAAGUGGUGGCCGCCACCGGGUUGGGCGAAUGGGGUUGGCGCAGAGAACGGCUGUGGGCCGGCAAGAUGGAUUUACAGCUGCGGGUGGCGCAAUCGUGACGACUGGGGCAAAGAUGCAACUUCAGUUUGGUACGAUGCAGCCCACCAGCUGGCAGAAGCGGGCAACAACCCCCGCCGUCUUCUUGCCAAAGAAGCACGAGAAGACGCUGCGUACCUGGAUCGGCUUCGCGGCUUUCGCAGCGGCCGCCAGGGCCCACCAGAGCCUCCGCGCGCUGCGCAGGUGGUGGAAAUCGACGACGGACCUGUACCUCGGCUGCCCAGAUUCGGUUUCAACUUCGGCAUGCUUCCACCAGCGCAGCAUGCAACUCAGUUGUCGUCAACUGCCGCCAAGCAGUUCAGCAUGGUGGAAAUUGUCGAGCAGGAGGCCGGGAGAGUGAAAGAUUUGCUUCUUGCAGGUGAGGUUAAGCGGACGAUUUGCUACGUCCGUCCCUGCCAGGGCGGCAGUGCAGCAGCGACAGCUGAGGAGCAAGCUACCGACACAAUCCUGGACCUGCAGAAGAGCAAUGCCGACGCCAAGCCAAGGCGGCGGCCUCUUCCACUCUCGGAUGAAGAGGAGUCGGAGGAGUCUGAGGGCGAGCCUGCAGCCGUCGCGUACGCAGCCGCAAGUGGCCUUCCAGCGCGUCAGGAGCUGGACAGAGGAGCUGCAAGCCUUCCGGCUUCGCUCAGCAACAAAGUGCUGCAGCUGCAAGCGAUGGCCAGCAAUUCCUCGGAGGUCCUGUACGAGUCGCAGUCGCAGGAGGCCAGCCCACAAGCCGGCCUUCCGUCGCUUCGCAGAGGCCGACAUGCUUUCCCCGAUGAGGCGGAGCACAUGCCCCUGGGAAGGAGCCCGCCACUGUCGCCAUCCGGCGAGGCGCCGAGAAGCGAGGUAGAAGUCCCACACGAUGCGCUGCACGUCGGCCCGCUGGACUUUGCCUCAUCGUUCGGCGGCGUGGAUCCGGCGGUCGUGUACGUAAGGCUUUCGAACUUCGCGGCUCGGCGCCGGGGGAGCUUGCGCCUUCAGGCGGCCCCGGAGGAGGCGGAUGAUGGGCUGGAACCUUUUUCGCCUGUGAUUCAUGCUGGUACUGAGCCCCCUACCUUCAUGACUGACAGCAGGCAAAAGCGCCGGCGGAGCAGAUCAGGAAGCGACUACUCGCAGUGCUCGUCACCGUAUGGAAGUUCGCCGAACCUGCAGGCCGUUGCUGAAGUCUCCUGCGAAGACCUCCCAGGACACAAGGCGAUCGAGGAGAGCCUGCCAAGACACGACUCCGAUGACGGGCGUCCUGCAGAUCAUUUGGAGCAUCACAGCCUCGACAGAUGCUGCACCUGGAACGACUACAGGAGGACUUCUGAGGGCCCGGCGGAGGAGGAGGAGAUCGCCAGCAUUCAGCGACACUUGGAGGCCAUGAAUGCAGCGGCUGCGGAUCUCAACGCGGCACAGGAAUCUCUCGCUGCAUGUAUGCGCCGGCAGCGCACUAUGGUCCAACUGUGGGCCGUGGUGAGUGCUCGCCUGGCGCGAGCAGUGGGCUCGAAGCAGCUGGCCAAGGCAACUCCACACUACGUCUGCCAGAAGCGUUGCAAGGAGGCUCAGAAUAUCCUCGAGGAGGCCGCAAGCCGAAUGAUGACGUCCAGCAAGGACGAAGUGGAUGCCCUCACCUCACAGUAUGCCGCCGGUCUCCGGGACUUUCAGGCCGCCAGAGCCGAGCUGGAGAAGCUUUCCUCGGAAGCGCAUGCGCCAACGCCUGCAGCCUUGGCGGCGGUGAGGCCUUACUUCGAGGCCGAGGAUGAACAUCGCGAGCAGCUUGCUGAAGAGGAGUUGCAGGAAGAGAAGCUGCGGCAGAACGUGGCCCAGGCUAAGCUUCGUUAUCACAGCGAGCUGCGAAGCUUGGAGGCCUUGAGCAAUCAGGCUCAUCUGCGACGUGCGUCCAGUGGCUAUGUUGAUGCUGUCAGUCGCACUGCCAGUGGCGCAGAGAAUCCUGCGAUGGAGAGGACAGCCUCGCAGUCGUCAGCGCGCCGCACCCCAGUCCAGACUCCGGAACAAAGGCCCGCUGCAACCUUUGGCCGCUCCCUGCGCAAAAGCCCGCUGGAGAGCCAGAGGCAUCACAAGGAUCCAAGCGCUGGGACCACAAAGCAGCUCGAAGGCUCUGCAUCGCAGCAGCCCAAGAAGGAUGUUCUGGAAGAGCUGCCGAUGACACCGAUGCAACAGAUGGAUCAUCAAAACCACGGGACCGAAUCGAGCCGGUGA